GCUUCGCCGCCAUGUGUCAACCUUCCGCCGCCGGUCCAGUCCCAGACCCAGACCCGCGCCGCCAGAGCCUCUGAUUACUGUCUGUUCCAAAAGCUCUGACGAAUCCGAUGGCUUUAUCUGUUUUUUUGAGGUUCGAAACACGGAACUGUGAAAUGGGUUUGUCGGUUUCCAGGUCGGAAGAUGGUGAGGAGCGUCGUAGCGAGGGCCACCAGUGAGGCUCCAGCCGAAGUGUCGACGACGGACCUGCCGGGUAUCGUCAAGACCGUCCAAGAUGCUAUAUCGCCAUUGAAGUGGAACAAAGUGGAGGACAAGUAGGCCGUCGGUUCUCUUGCAUUUGCCGGAGCAGUGGCCCUUUGGGGAUCCGCCGGCAUGAUCUCGGUGAGCUUCGUCUGAAACUUAUUUUCACCAAUUUGUUUAUGUCUGAGUAUUAGUGAAUUUAACUCAAAGUUCAAAGUAUUAAUCGGUUAUUGGUUUAGUUGGUUAUCUGAGUAAUAAUUGAUUCGGUUGUCUCUGCUAAUGGUUUAGCAGACAACUCUGUGAUCCUACAUACCAUGUAUGUACAUGUUUUGCCUUUUCAUAGAGUAGGAUAUAGGUUUGUUACGGGUUUUUGAUUCUGUUCUUCAUUCUUGGAAUUGUAUAUAUACAUGUAAGAGAUUAAGGGGAAAUACACACAAGAGAAAUUUUCUAUUUGCUGCUUCAUACUCUGAAAUACCAAAACAAAGUGAUGACGUUGUAACAGGCAAUCGACAGGCUCCCAUUGGUGCCUGGAGUUCUUGAAAUAGUAGGAUUUGGUUACACUGGAGUGAGUUCUGUUUUUUCAAGUCUUGAUAUAUCUCAAUCUCGAUCUCUGGCACACAUUCACAAUCUCAUACGUUUCCAGCAACUUUCUCUUUUGAGUUUGGGGAUGCUUGGAUGACUUUUCAGCGCCAUUUCUCUUGACUUUAGUUCUAAACUAGAACCAUGCAUCAUCCCGCGACAAAAAUAUUACUUCCAUGUCAUCAUCAACCUUUACAUCUCUGCAUAUUUCCUCCAGACGAGUGCACUAUUUUCUUUGGUCGGACGUGGAAUUGUCAUUCCACUCAAAUCUAUUUUACUCCAUAAAUCACCCAAGAACAACACGAAUCUCUUUCCUUUCCACUAAGGGCAUUGUAUAUGUUGGAUGUCGUCUCCCUUGAGUACAAUGGAAAGGGUUUGGAAGAGAAGAUGAAAUUGGAAUUUUGGCCUUUACGGUAUCAUGUAUGGGGGUAUGGGGAAGUAGGUAAGACUGGCCUCUUUAAACAUAUCAAUAGCAAGUUCUCCCAAGUAGAUAAGAAUUCGACAUUGUAAUUUGGGGGAUGUGUCGGGAUUCACUGAUCGAGAGUAUUCAAGAGCAAAUGAGGGCAAAUUACAGCAGAUGGAAAGGAAGAACUCAAAGCGAGAAGGCAUCCGAUACAUACAUUGCCAUAAGUGGUAAUGAAAGAGAUUCGUGUUGUUCUUGACUGAUUUAUGGUGUAAAGUAGAUUUGAGUGAGAUGACAACUAGAGAAAAUAGAUUAUAAUCGUCUAGAGGAAAUAUGCAAUGAUAUGAAGAUUGAUGAUACGAUGGAAGUAAUAUUUUUGUCACAUGACGAUGCAUGGGUCUUGUUUCGAACUAAAGUCGGAGAAAUGGCGUUGAAAAGUCACCCAGACAUUCCCAAACGCGAAGGAAAAGUUGAUGGAAAAUGUUGCGAGUUUCCAGCAACUCUUGUGUUUAUAGUGGUUCAUUUACAAGAACCUGGUCGUCAGACCAGACAGGCGAGUCUCGGACCAAACCUCGUAUUAUAUGUUUCAAGUCCUGUUUGUAAUUUGUAUUGGAUUUCAGGGAAGCUUUCUUGCAGAAGAUAAAGGAUGCGUACAAAGACAUCACAGGGAGCUGCUGAAUCAGUGAAGAACCUUGGUAGUUGAUGAAUGAAUGAACAUUCUCUUCCUCUUCUAUAACCAUGUGUCUUUCUUCAGAUUAAUUCCCAGUUCCUCUUUUUUUUUCGCAUUAGAAAUUUUUCAAAGGCCCAAUUGGAUCAUACAGAACUUGAAAACACCUUUUCAUUACAAAGCCCAUUAAAGGCCCAGUUAAGAAUGUCUGGUUCUGAAUGUUAAGGAUUCAUCGCUGAUUCUUCCAUCGAAAGCCACGUGGCAGUCACGGCCACGCUGGCAUAUCCGGCUCAGAAGAUGACGACACACGUAACCAAACCAAGGCGCCACGCAAAAAAGUGGGUCCCAUUGAAAUGAGAACAAGAAAUUUUAAUUGGAGGAGGAAUUUUAGUGGCUGAGGAUUCUCCGCCUCCGUUGCUUCUGGUGUCUCUCCUUUCCCACGACGAGAAACACUCUCCUGCUUCAUCUUCUUGUUCGUCCUUAGCUUCUUUGAUUUCCUGAGUUUUGUUUAGAAAGGGCAGAUUCCGAGAUUCACAGUCACCGGACAAGCAUGGGAUCUCCAGCGAGUCCCCGGUGAGCUCGCUUCCAUGUCUGAACGUGGAUCGAUCUUUCAACUGUUUGCGACUUCCAUGGCAGUUCUACAAGGUUGUACCAGCAUGAUCAUGUAUUUGCUGAUAUAGAGCAGAGAAGGUCCACCCAUUUCCCGAUUUUCUCUUUAUGCAGCUGCAUGAUCAUAUUCAACAAGUAACUUCAAGGGUAAUGCCGAGAGCAAACCGCUUUGGUGUUGAGAGUAUUUGAUGUUUGGUAGCAGAUAUGAAAUGUGGUCUUUGAAGUUGUGGUAGCUGCUCAAUGGAGACAAAUUCUUCUGGAGAGGAGUUGGUGAUUAAGAUGAGAAAGCCAUAUACAAUAACAAAGCAACGUGAGCGGUGGACUGAAGAGGAACAUGAUAGAUUCCUUGAAGCCUUGAAGCUGUACGGGAGAGCAUGGCAGAAGAUAGAAGAUCAUGUCGGAACAAAGACUGCUGUGCAGAUAAGAAGUCACGCUCAGAAGUUUUUCUCUAAGGUGGAGAAAGAGGCAAAGGCUAAAGGCGUUCCGGUAGGCAUAGCCCUGAACAUAGAUAUUCCUCCUCCACGGCCCAAAAAGAAACCGAGCAAUCCUUAUCCUAGAAAGACAGGAAAUAGAACUCCCACUUCCCAAGCUGCUGCACAGGUUGGAAAGCAAGCAACUUCAGCUUCUACUGUUUUGAACUGUAAAGAGGCCCUUUUAUUACAGAAAGGGUCACUCUCUGAGUAUCCUAGUGAAGAAUUGCUGCCAUCUAACCUGGAAGAUGAUCACUCUGCAUCCUCCAUGAAUAAAAGCUCUGUGGAGACCAUGGCAUUUGCAAAUGGAUGCAGCUUUACGGAAUUUUUACCUCCGCGAAAAGAGGCAAAUCAGGAUAACGGGACGAGAAAGGCUUCAAACUCGGAGAAAGACUGUUGUGAUUUGCAUGCAAAAUCUGUACAAGGAUCGGCGAAAAAAUAUGUCAGUGGCAUAUCCCAUGUGGAUGAGGAGCAAGGACCUCAGACAUAUACAAGACAUGUCCCUGUUCACACAAUAGAUGGAAGCUCAGUAGCAUCUCCUAUAUCACCUUUUCCCACAGUUUCGGAAGGAAUUCAUGUCUGCUUGAACAAGUUCACCGAUAUGUCUGCAUGUGCUAAUAGAUCUAAACACGAUAAUGAUGGCCCGAGAUAUAAAUCUCGUGCGUUGCCAGCUGUUCAUCUGGCCUCUGCUCCAAUACCCCACACCCUGGACGAUUACUGGUCAUUUGCUAACCUUUUUGUGUCAAACCCUUUACAGAACCCAGCUGCCCAUGCUGCAUCAACUUUUGCAGCGUCGGUUUGGCCGGGUGGCACAUCGACAUGUGCUGAGAUAGGGGUUCCACCCAGUCAAGUGAGCUCACCUUCGAGUCUGGCAGCUAUAGCUGCUGCUACCGUUUCGGCUGCAACUGCUUGGUGGGCUGCUCAUGGGUUGCUGCCUUUAUGUGCUCCUAUUCAUUCUGCCUUCCCCUGCCAUCCUCCUCCAACUACUUUAGCUCCUAUAUCUGAUGAUAAUGGCCAUGCUCCAUAUGCAAAUGUAGACACAAAGGAAAGUACCCUACAAAACCCUUCUGUGCAGAGUCAAGAUGCGGAUCCAGAACACUCUGAAGCAUCAAAGGCUCAAUCUUCACCCUUGAAAACAACGUUGUCACCAUCAUACUCGGAGCAGAGUGGAAGCACGAAGACUGAAACUGGAGGUAAGCCAGCUUCUCAUGAGCAGACUGAAGCUGAGACUGAUCAAAACAGAGCUAAAAACAGAAAACAAGUAGACCGCUCCUCCUGUGGCUCGAACACGCCCUCUAGUAGUGAUGCUGAGGUAGAUGCAUCUGAGAAGCUUGAGAAAGACAAGGAUGAGGAGAAAGAAGUUGAAGUAGAUGUGAACCCACCAGCAGAAGAGUCUAACAUCCGUCGAAGUAGAAGCAGUAGCAACUUAAGUGACCCAUGGAAAUCGGUAUCUGAUGAGGUACUUGGACAGGGACGACUGGCCUUUCAAGCUCUCUUCUCAAGGGAGGUAUUGCCACAAAGCUUUCCACCCCGACGUGACUCCAAGGACAAGAAGGAUCUUAGAGGAAACGAAGACGGGGAGAAGAAGAAAAGUGCUGAAACAGAGCAUGGAGAAGGACAGGAACUUGACCUCAACAGAACUGCUCAAGCCACUGACUCUGACCAUCAGGAGGAGAAAGGAGACCAGGAUGGAUAUCUUGCAAUUGGAUUGGGGGCCUCAAAGCUCAAGGAAAGAACCGGUUUCAAGCCUUACAAAAGAUGUUCAGUAGAUGCUAAAGAGAACAGGAUCACCAACUCGUCCACUCUCAACCGGGUUGAACAGAAAGAUCCCAAACGAAUUUGCCUGGAAAGACGAGCUUAAACUUAAAGACAUUGUCGUGUCCGAUCCAUUUGUGUUAUCCACACUUCGAUACUCUUGUAGUAAAGUUUACAAUACAACCUGACUGAGCGUCCAUAAACUAUUAGCGCCAUAUUUAAGCUCUCUGAAUUCCUCUGA